AUGAGAAGCUGUCACAGCAUCAUGAGAAGUGUCCCUGAGCCUGCUUGGUGCUUGCUGGAGCCAGAGCAGCCAAAGGACUCUCAGAAGAAGCAGCUGUCUGAAGAGGGGAGGAAGGAACCCACUGCUCCUAAGCCUGAAAAACUCUCCACAGCUGGUAGAGCAGAUGAUGCAGGCACAGCCAGUUCCAAUGUGGUUGCUGCAGCUGAUAAGCCAAGUGCCGAGCCUGGGAUGGACGAGUCAGCCCUGGACAGCCUCAUAGACACCUUGUCUGGACCUGAGGAAGAUGUGCCUGCUAGUCCUGUUUACACUGGCCCACAAGUUCUGGAGGACGUGUCUUCAAGGUACUUGGAGGAGCUGGGCAAACGGGAAGGCAGCCUGCCCCCAGACUAUCUGAGGCUGCUGAAGAGCAAAGGGGACGGCAAAGGUGGAGUCCCACCAAAAGCAGAUGAGCAAGAUGAAAAACCCAUGACAGAGGAUGAGCUUGCAGAGGCCCUGUCGUCUGGCUUCGUCUGCAGUGCUGCUUCUGCUGGAGGAAAUGAGGCAGCUCUGACACAGAAGCCAGGCAAGGAGGGAGAAAUCCUGCAGGCACAAGCCGCGCCUUCAGUCAAGACCUCAGCUCCUCCCAAGGAGAAGACAGCAGAAGCAGAAGAGGAGGUUAAAGAGAAUGCAAUGGAAGCUCUUCUUGAUACUCUUGGUGGACCUGAACCUGAACCCAAGCAAGAUCUCACCCCUGUUGUGGAGGUGUCAGAGGCAAAAGCCAAAGAGAAGAAAGAGGAGAAGCUUGGGGAACGUGAUGAUACCAUUCCUCCAGAGCACCGGUUAAAGCCAGAGCUGGAUAAAGAUGGGAAACCAAUACUGCCAAAGCCUGAAGAAAAGCCUAAGCCUGUCAGUGAAUCUGAUCUUGUGGAUGCAUUUUCCAAGGACUUCUCCUGCUCUGCACAGCCUGCAGCACAGACCAGACCAGCAAAGCCCAACAGCACAUCCAAGAAGCCCUCAACUGCUGUGCCUGCAAAGCCCCCUGAGGAUGCAGCAGUUCCUCGUGCCACAGCUUGCACCGUGCAGUCUUCAGCUCCCUCAGCUGUGUCUUCAGUUGGUCAGAUGGCAGACGAAGCACUGGAAGCCUUGUCCAGCAGCCUGGGGAAGAGGGAGCCUGAUCCUGAAGAAAAGAAACCUGUUGUGGACAAAGUUAAGGAGAAAACCAAACAGGAGCAGCACAGCAAACUGGGUGAAGAUGAAGAAACCAUUCCUCCAGAGUACAGAUUUACAGCAGCAAAAGAUCAGGGUGGAAAGCCUCUUUUGCCCAAGCCAGAAGAGAAGCCCCAGCCCCUGAGUGAAAAUGAUCUUCUGGAGGGCCUGACAGCUGGAUUUGUCUGCUCUCCACCUGCAGCAGCAUCCCCUGCACCAAAGAAAACCAAGAGAGAAGCAAAGCCUGCGGGUUCCUCGGAGGUGCUCUCUGCUGCUGCAGCUCCUUCGGUGCACUCAGCAGCUCCUCCAGCUCCUACCUCGAGAGGAAAAGAGAUGGAUGAAGCCUUGGAUCUGCUGUCUGACUCCUUGGGCCAGAGGGAACCUGACCCUGAUGAGGGCAAACCAGUUGUGGAUAAAGUUAAGGAAAAGGCUAAAUCUGAACAGAAAGAGAAGCUUGGAGAAAGAGAAGAGACUGUGCCCCCUGACUACAGGAAACUCCUGGGGCCAGGUGAGCAGGGUAAGCCGGGAAAGCCAGCAGCAAAGGAAGGUGGCAAGCGCAGAGGGAAAAAGAAGGCUGCAGAUGCUGAUGCCGCAAUCGACACCCUGGCAGGGGACUUUGGUACCUGUGCAGAGGCUGCUGCCACCUCACAGCCCUCAAAGGACAGCAGUGGAAGAGAAGACACCAGCUCCAAGGCCACGGCGAAGGAGAAGGAAAAGCCCAGAGAUUCCAAAAAGGCCAGGGGACAGUCCUCCAGCAGCAAACCUGAGAAGCAGAAAAAAAGCUAAGCACUGACACCACCAUGGGGGUCUUGGUCCAGUGCCUUCUCCUGUGGGUGGACAAUUGCUACUGAAGAACCAAAGCUGAUGCCCGAACCCUGUGGUUGCUCUGAGUGGUUUCUGCACAGUGGCCCUUGCUGGACUCCCUUCCUCCUUCCUCUCCUCCUUGUAGCAGACUUUAGGAUGUUUUGUUGGGUGUUUUUUUUCCUUUCUCCCAGCCCUCAUUCCACUCAUAAACUCUGACUUUUUGGUCACUUUACUCAGUUUUCAGAGGACAGAAAGCUUUAUAUUUGCCAGGAAGUAUACUUUUGCUAAACAAAGAACAAUGCCAAAGAGAGAGGGAAACUGCAAACCUUUGCACAUCAUCUCCAGGUAGUGCCUGUCAGCCUCGGAGGGAUCUCUAUGUGCUGGCACCCUUUGACCUCUAUACCACUACCACCAACUUUCGCUGCCCCCAGCCCCCACCCAGCAGAGUUUCCCUCACCAGUUGCUGGCAGGGAGCCAGAGGUGGGCUGUGGGCAGCUAAAGAGUGAAAAACUGGGGAUAAAAAACCACAAACCUGCUUGAUCUAGUGGUAAAAAAGAGGUGUUUUGUAUGCUGCUUUAGCUGUAGUGGAACAACCAGCCCUGCCCUGCAGGGGUUUUGGGGCUGGGUUUCUAUUUCCUAUCCUGUCUGCACUGCUUUCUCCUGAUGCCAGGCAUCUCCUGGGCUGAGCACAGGGCAAACACAGUGUGGGAGACAGCAGUGCCAUGGCGGAGCAGGACACAGAAGGUGCCUGAGUAGAGGCCAUCAGGCCUGGGUUUGGGGUUUACUUCGCACUGUUGCUAGUCCUUGCUUCUGCUCCCCAUGCUCCAGAACCUGGGCAGGCAGGGGCAGCUUCUUGCCUCCCUGCUCUGCAACAGAGCAGGCACGAGUGGGCACCUUACAGGAGCCUGCUGAGGGCAGGGCUGUCACCACCUGCUGUGCCCAGUGCCUCCCUGUGCUCUCCUGCCUCCACAGCCUGCAGCACAUCCGUGUCACAGCCUCCUCUGAGCAGGGGCUACAGCAUGGAGAAGGGGCUGCAUCAUGGAGCAGGGAUGGAGCCCAGGGAAUUGAGAUGGGGAUAUUGAGCCUUGGCACUGCCCUUGGUAUCCUGUGCUGAGAGCCUGUCACACUAACAAUAAAGUUUAUAAGAAUGCACAAAAA